AUGACCAUGGGACUCUACAGCACGCCAGUUAUCAACUUCUCAGCGGGCUAUCGCAAGCGAGCUUGUUCAAUCGACCUCCCUCAAUCCACUGCUUGGCUAGAGCACCUAGAGCUCCGCGUGCAUAGUGUAACCAAUACAAAUGCCAACCGAAAAGGUUCAAAGGUGCAGUACCAGGUGCAAGCUACCUACACGCCUCCAUACUCCCAAGACCCCGAACUCGUCUGGACCGUGAGUAGGCCGUUCGAAGCCUACCGUCACUUCCGCAAACAACUGCUGCAGAAACUACAACGCGGCCACGCGUGUCCUGCUGAGUGCAAGUGGAUGUACGCAGUGGUGAAGAACCACUUCCCGAAACCGAAUUUGCUGCCCAUCUACUCUGCGCGCGUUGUCGAGGCGCGGCGUCUCGCUCUCACUCGGUUACUACGAAUGAUUCAAGCAUCACUGAUUAACCGAGGCAAUCAAGGUUGCAACGUACUGGUACGCAGCGUGUGUCGCGCAUUCACGACGUUCAUUGUCGGCGACAACGUCAAGUUGCCCGAUGUCAUCGUGGCGAUCUGCGAGCGCGGCUCGGACCAGAGCACCCGGGACUCGUCCGCGUCCUUCAUGUCGGGACGCAGUGACGAGGAGUUCAGUCCCGACGACGUUUCACUCGACGUUCUUGGUAUAUACGAAAGCGGCAGGAGACACUGCCAAUCUGAAUCAGGACAGUGA